AUGGCAAGCCAAAAGGUUUCGCGAUAUCAACACCUCGAUGGCGAGGAUGAUCUCGACGUUUCCUCCUCACCACCACCCAGACCAGCGCCCAGGCUGCCACCAAGACCAGCACCAGAACUUCCACCUAGACCUAGACCACCAUCCAAGCUUCCAUCUAGAUUGGGCAGAAAGCGAGAUAGCAAGCAGCCGGAAUGGAUCCAAAUACUCGAAGACGACCUGCUAGAUGCCGAAGACAAAGAAAAGAAUGAAGAACCCCGGAAACGAAUCUUCCACACUGAUACCGAACGAUCAGUGGGCCAGUUCAUGGUCUUCCAGUUCCCAGCAAUGGCCAUUACAAUAGCCCUCUUCGUCUUGCAUGGAUAUCGCAUGGAGUGGCUGGACAUAAACUCGAACAUCUCGUCUGCGCUGCUGGUGGGAGCAAAGAUCCACGAGACUCUCAUCGUCGCCUCACUCUUCCAGAUUCUGUAUUCAAAUAUUCGGCGGAAACUUGUCGGCUCAGAGGGCAUCCCCUUUGGGUUCCUGACCGCACCCUUUCAGCUCAGCUCGCCGUUUUAUCUCUUCAGCUCUUCAUUCUUGGCACCUUUGACGCAAUUUCACAACCUCACUUUAUCGUCAGUCUGGAUGGCGCUUAUCAUGGUAGCCAGCUUCUCCAUAGCCACCCUGGCUGGUGCGAGCUCUGGUAUCGUGAUGCUCCCCAAACUUGGCUGGUGGAACAUGUCUCCAGAUCGCUCCGUCGACCCAGACGCGAUAGGGCCCCUGUCAAGCAUCUACCCCAAGAUGAUGGACAGGAAAAGCGUCCCAGAAUACUGCCCUGCAGUUAAUGAUACGACCUCCUCGGAUUGUGCGCACGCUGGAUAUGAUAACCCCAACAGCAUCGACUGGUCCUGGCUGUCGAACAUUGCCCGUGGUACUCAUGGUCUGCCCACAAACCUGACAUCAGGAGGCAAAUCGAUUGCAUGGUGGAAGAGCUCCAUGUCACUGCAGACAGUGGUUGGUGCAACCACUCCCAUGAAACUGGCCGCCUCGCAGGUUGCGAAGGGAUAUUCCAUGGACCGAUCAGACUUUGUGCAGACACGCAGAACCGCCAAACUGACCAGCAGCACCGGAGACUCGAUACCACUCGAACAACCCCGGAUCGCCAUCCAGUGCACCGACCCCAGCCGCCCAAGAAAGGAUCCCCUAAAGAGCGAAACAAUGGCAGACGCACCAUUCAACUUCCUCCUUGACCCAGGACUCUAUUACCGCUCCGACCCAACCUUUUUCAUCCCUCACGAGCUCCUCGACGAGGCUUACAACUCCAAAAGCCACUUUGGCUUCAUUGACCUCGGCCGUCACGCCCCCGUCCAGACAUCAGCCACCUUUUGGACAAGAUACAACACCACCGGCACCUCCCUCGCCCUCUGCUUCAUCGACGCCCGCUGGGUGGGCUCCUCCGUCUGGUCAUAUUCCAAUAGCGACCUCCCGUUAUUCUCCCACGCCAUGACAAACGCCACCUUGAACGCGUCAAAAGACCUGGGUGACAUCAUCACUUUGACGGUUCCCUGGCUGAACAGCCUGAAUAAUUCGCUGGAUAUGUCAUCUGAUCCGUUCAACUACAAGACAACAAACGGGUCACGUUUUGCCUAUGACCGUAUCUACGACUAUGCGGUCGAGGGCGGGGGCGAUCAACUGUAUCAAGUGCUUUCGAGGUCGUUAGCGGUGUAUCUUGUUGAUGCUCUUGCUGAGUUGACGUGGUCGAGGAUGCGGCUGGAUAAUGGUGAGGAGGACCGGAAUGAUGGGGCGACAUUGGAUUAUGCGUUGGUGGGGGCGGAUCAAGACAGGCUUGUGUAUGAGUAUAACUUUGAGGGGUGGUCUGUCAAGCUCGCUUUUGGGGUUUUAUUGUUGCACGUCUUGUUGGUGGUGGUUCAUUUUGUGGGGACGGUUUGUGUGUAUCGCAAGUUUGGGAGCAGCGCGUGGGAGCAGCUAGGCGAGCUGAUGACGUUGGCGAUGAACAGUCGGGGGACGGAGCUUCUCAAGAAUACUAGCGUGGGGGUGCACAAAUGGGAGGUGUGGAGGCUGAUGGCAAGGGUUACUGAGGAUGAGGGUCUGGAACGCAAGGUGGAACUGAGGUUGAGCAGUAACCAAAGGGUUGGUGACGAAGAGGGUUCGGUGAAGGAGGUUUCUGGGAAGAGGCCGACAGCAUUUCGAAAGUAUGGGUAG